CAGUGAGCUUUGUUCUCAAGCUGCUCCUCUUCACCGUACAAUUCUUCGAUUUAAUCUCUCCCUCUCUCCCUUCCUCUCUAGCUUCCUAGAUUCACUGCUUGGAUUCCGAUGUCAGAAUGUGAAACCCUAGCUUUACCGAAUUUGAGUUAGGGUUUUGCUGAGAGAUCCGUUGUCUGUGUUUUUGUAACUGUUCGUGGCCGAUAAGCGGCGGAGCUGCCAGAGAUGGGAAACUGCUGCAGAUCUCCGGCGGCGGUCGCUAGAGAGGACGUCAAAUCGAACUUUUCCGGUCAUGAUCAUGGUCGGAAAGAUGCCGGAGGCGGUAAAAAGUCGGCGCCGAUUCGGGUUCUCACCGAUGUCCCCAAGGAGAACAUCGAGGAACGGUACUUGGUGGACCGAGAGCUGGGUCGCGGCGAGUUCGGCGUCACCUACCUCUGCAUCGAGCGCUCGACGCGCGAGCUGCUUGCCUGCAAGUCGAUCUCGAAGCGGAAGCUGAGAACCGCCGUGGAUAUAGAGGACGUGAGGAGGGAGGUCGCGAUAAUGAAGCAUCUGCCGAAGAGCUCGAGCAUUGUCACUCUGAAGGAAGCUUGUGAGGACGAAAAUGCGGUGCAUUUGGUGAUGGAGCUCUGCGAAGGAGGUGAGCUCUUCGAUCGGAUAGUGGCGAGGGGGCAUUACACGGAACGUGCGGCUGCGGCCGUGACUAGGACGAUCGUUGAGGUCGUGCAGCUUUGCCACAAACAUGGCGUCAUUCACAGAGAUUUGAAGCCGGAGAAUUUCUUGUUCGCCAACAAGAAGGAGAACUCGCCGCUUAAAGCCAUCGAUUUCGGCUUAUCGAUAUUCUUCAAGCCAGGUGAGAGAUUCUCGGAAAUCGUUGGGAGUCCGUAUUACAUGGCACCUGAGGUACUAAAACGGAGCUAUGGACCUGAGAUAGAUAUAUGGAGUGCCGGGGUUAUCCUGUAUAUUCUGUUGUGUGGAGUCCCCCCUUUCUGGGCCGAGUCGGAACAAGGAGUUGCCCAGGCCAUUCUGCGGGGGAUAAUUGAUUUUAAGAGGGAUCCAUGGCCAAACAUUUCGGAGAGUGCUAAGAGUCUAGUCAGACAAAUGUUAGAGCCUGACCCUAAGCGUCGGUUGACUGCAAAAGAAGUGCUUGAGCAUUCAUGGCUUGUGAAUGCUAAGAAAGCUCCAAAUGUCCCUCUCGGAGAUGUUGUGAAGUCGAGGUUGAAGCAAUUUUCCGUGAUGAACAGAUUCAAGAGAAAAGCGUUGAGGGUUAUUGCUGAGUUCUUGUCUGGCGAAGAAAUAGAAGACAUUAAAGAAAUGUUCAAGAAGAUGGAUACUGAUAAUGACGGUAUUGUUUCUAUCGAGGAGUUGAAAGCUGGGCUUCGAGACUUUGGUUCCCAGCUAGCAGAAUCAGAAGUUCAGAUGCUUAUUGAAGCGGUGGAUACUAAGGGGAAAGGAACAUUGGACUAUGGGGAGUUCAUUGCGGUAUCUCUCCACCUACAAAGAAUGGCAAACGAUGAGCAUCUCCGCAAAGCAUUCUCUUACUUUGACAAGGAUGGCGACGGUUAUAUUCUUCCCAACGAGCUUCGAGAGACACUGAAGGAAGAUGGAGGAGACGAUUGUGUUGAUGUGGCCAAUGAUAUAUUCCAAGAAGUCGACACAGACAAGGAUGGACGGAUAAGCUAUGAAGAAUUCUCGGCGAUGAUGAAAACAGGAACAGAUUGGAGAAAGGCUUCACGUCAUUACUCAAGAGGGAGAUUCAACAGCCUUAGCCUGAAGCUAAUGAAGGACGGAUCGCUGAACCUCGGAAACGAAUAGCGAAAGCGUUUAGGGUUUGUAGGGUUUCUCCGUCACACCACGACGUCAGUCCAAUGUCCGGAAAGUGUUAUCAUCAACAAGAAGGUAUGAUGAUUUGGACUUGCGAUUUGAUAUCUCAUAUUUUCUACAUCUUUGGUGAAUCUUGAUGCCGGUUUCAUUUGAUUUGUGAGCUGAGCUCUUGUCUCUGUGUAUUCCAUUGGAUAGUAAACUGUUUGUAAGAUUCUGAAAUGUGUUAGAAGGCGAGAAGGAUAAUCUCUGUAGAAAACACACCAUUUGUGAUUUUGCUAUGAUGUUGUAUUACAAUGGUCACUCCAAACUCUCUGUCACAAUGAUGAUUACAUGUCU